GUCCGUCCAUGUGGUGGUGGCCGUGGCCCCGAUCAUCACAAGUUCGGUUCACCUUAUUUGAAACAGCAGGGCAAAUUGCCAAGAUUCAGGUUCAAGCCCGUCCGGAUUGAUCUCGCCCGAUCGCCAGCAUGUCUUGGUCAUCGGAUUUUGACGACGACGAUGAUGAUGGUGAUACCUCUUCCGUGGAUUCGACCUUGAUGAGCUCCGAUGAUGAUGACGAGGAUAUGGAAGAAAGCCUAGAGGAAGACGAGGACGACGAAGACGAGGAGGAUGGAACACUAUCGGAUUUAGCGGGUGGAUUCAGCUCCGACGCAUCGGAUUUCCAUGACACGCCCAUGCGAACGCGACCUCCACCCCGGACUCGACGGCCACCACGUCCUCAGCCACCGGCCGGGCUGAGGCCCUCUUCCAGCGAGUCUUCGGACCCGGGUUCGCCCAUUGUGGCUCGACGGGCAAAGCGGGCCCAAGCCCGGAAGAAGGCCAUCGUGUCGUCGUCGGAAAAUGAAGCCGACGAGGCUGAGCCACGCCCCGGCCCCUCCUCGGGUCUGGCGGGUACGGGCGCUCAGCCGGAGGCCGACGGCUCCUCGUCCUCGGAUGACACUGGUCAGACGGAAUGUUGUUCCAUCUGUCUUUUGAAGCUGAAAGGCCAAGAGAUUGGCGUGCCUGAUGCUUGUGAGCAUCGUUACUGCGCCGAAUGCCUGAUCGAAUGGUCGGAAAACGUGUCCACGUGUCCCAUUGAUCGACGGAACAUGCGGCGGAUCCAAAUCUGGCAGGCGGGGCAGAAGGUACGGGUCCAUAAAGUCCAGAAACGCUCCACGGUCGAGCUCACGCCCCAAGAUGUGGCUGGCAACUACUUCGACGACACGUGUUUUUGCGAGUUCUGCGGCUCGGGUGAAAAUGCCCACACGCUCUUGUUGUGCGAUGGGUGUGAUUUGGGCUAUCAUAUGGUGUGUUUAGAACCCCCGUUGGCCCGCAUACCUCAAGGCCGCUGGUUCUGCCCGACGUGUCAAAAGGCCGGUAUUGGACGUGCCCCGGUGUCCCGGACCCGAUUGCCCACGCCGCCCCGUUUUGACGAAUUCCGCGAUACGGAUGAUAGUUUCGUCGUCGAGGAUGGCGAUUUGGACGAAUCUUGGCGACGGGAAUUGGAUUCCAGUUUCGUGGUUCCCAGGACGGUGGAAACGGAACGCAUUCAAAAGCGCGUGCAACAGAUCCGCAGGAAAAAGGCUCAAACCAAACGUAAGACGACCAAACGAACCCCCAAAAAGAGGAGGAAAAGAAAAACAACGACCACGACCGCAUCCGCAUCCAGCUCCAAGAAGAAAAGAAGCUCUACCACCACCCGUCGCAAGAAGACCUCCUCGAGUCGUAAAACGAAAGGUAAGGGUAAAGGGAAAGGCAAGAGUAGCCAAAGAAGAAAACCGGAUGCAACUGAAGACAGAGCCGAGGGAACAACUGCCCCGCUGUCGCUCUUCGGGAGAAAGAAUGAUUUGGACUUUUGCGGCGAUGAGUCAAUUUACUUCCCAGAAAAUCCCCAGCCGAGUACUAGUAGUGGGGUCCGUCCACGCCAUCCCGACAUGACUCACUCGAGAGCGGCCAAGAUCCUCGAGAUGUCCCAAAAAGCACCGCCCAAGACACCAGAGGCCUCUAGUAGCUCGACCAUGGAUCUUUUGGGAAGUAUUAUGGCUUCCCAAGCUGCCACCUUGAAUACCCAUGGCUCCCAGACUGUGUCCACGAAAUUGAAAGAAGUUUAUACGAAACCUGAAGGGAUAGAACAAGCCCCUUUAGAGAAAUGUAAAUCACCGCCCAUAUCCCGACCCCCUUAUCGUAAAACGAGCUCUUCUAGCGCGGUAACGAUAGCAUCUCCCAAAGAGACCCUGUCUAAGCUAGCUAGGAUCAAGGAGCAUACGAGUCAGUCUAUCAAAUCCCUUUCCACGUCAAUCAAAGACAAGAAGAACUCUCACGAGACCAAUACUGGAGAAUCCAAGGAUUUGACGCGCAUCGUUUCCAAGCGAUCUUCUGCUUAUCACUCAGAGUCGAAGGACUUCUCGCAGAUGGAGAGUAAGAAAAUCAAACUUGAACAAGAUGCCGUAACUUUUGAUCCCACCAAGAGAUCGUAUGAGCCCAGUGUGUCCAGACCUUCAACUUCUUCUCUCUCCUCCUCUUCUGUCUCCUCUUCCUCCUCCUCAGCUGAAAAUUCGUCCCGCUCCGCCCCUUUCUCCUCUAGUUCUUCGCUGGAGAGGAAGACCCAAAAACUUACAGAAAUUUCGUUGGUGGUCAAAAAAUAUCUCAAGCCCUUCCAUGAGCGCGGAACUAUCUCGAAAGCAGACUAUAAGUUUGUUCUGAAGAAAAGCGUGGAGAAGAUAUUCUCUAGCCAUUCCAAUCGAUUGCAACCCGAAAAGGUGGAGUCUCUAGUGAACGCCUACGUCAAAGGGAUUAACAUUUCGUACUAAAUUUAUAUCAUUUACUGUGAUAGGUAAAAUGAGUUUACAAAUCCAAAAGAUAAGAUCCUU